ACUGGGACAGGUGAAGGCGGCGGGCAGGGAAUGGGACGCGGUGUUUACAAACGAAGGACGAGCUAGACUGUUAACAGACGCCACAGUCAGCCAACCUGUUGAGGCGUGGGGGGGCCAUGGAGGACUAUUUUAAUGUUAUCAACGCCCUGAAGAACAGCAAGAGACUUAGGCACUGGGACAAGCCCCCUGAAGACUAUGGCCCCAGUAACCCCGAGGACUCGGACUAUAACAGGAAUGGACUGAAGGAUGUUGGAGACCUCAGCAAGGUAGAUUUUUCACGCCAGUUUUCCUUUACGACUGAAGUAGAAACAAAGAAAGAGUGCCAAGAAGAGAACAAAGAUGAGGUGCCAACAGAUUUUCAACACAGCUUUUGUAGUGCAGAGGAACCCAGUGAAUGUGACCAGCUGUAUGUACCCACCUCCCUUGAUAUUGCCCGCAAGGCAUUCGAACAGUACAAACUUAACCUGCUGCUGGAAAAAUUGUCUCUGGAGAAAUCAUAUAAGGAAGCAAUACAAAGAAAAACACAACAAAAACAGGAAGCAUAUUUGCAAUGUCUGAACACAAUCUACGCACAGCAUGAGAAGGAGGUGGAAAAGCACCAUCUUGUUCAGCAGGAGAAGAUAAAGCAUGAGGAAAAUUUGUUGAGGCAGCAGGAAGAGGAAGCACAGACAGCAGUGCAGCGCUGCAAAAAAGAAUACACAAGCCAGGUCUCCAGACAGUCAUCCCAGCUGCUGGAGGCAGUGGAGUCUGCACGCCGCCAGGAAGCUGAACAAGCAAACUUAGUGCAGUCCCUCAUUGCUCAGCUGCAGGCGUCACAUGUGGACUUUGUGGCCAAGCAGGACGUCAUGUAUCGCCUCCUCAAGGAACUUGAAGGCAGUGAAAUUAAUUUUCUUUUAUUCAUAUUUUGUAACCCCCUUGGUGACUUGUUGUUUUGCAGAUUGGCAAAUUUGAAACAGAAGGUGGAUAACUUUAUUGAGGCUCCUGAAAGGCUGAGCAAGGAACAGCAGUGGGAGGUGCGGCGCAAGGCAACCAUGGCCAACCAGAUCAACAAAGACAACCACUCCAUCAACAGAGACAAACUACAGAAGCUGCUCACCGAAAUGAGGGAAAGAAAAGGUGAGCCGGACGUACUCGCCAGCUUCAAGAAUUCAGUGAUGAGUAAUAUCGUGAAGCAAGUAGCAUUACAGGAUGCGCUUGGAGCCUCAGCUUACUCCUGGCUGCUUGUGGAACUUAUCACCUUCCAUCCUGAUUUGUGGGACCUUUUCUUGUAUCAUCUCUUCAAGGUGUGCCCACCUCUCAUGCCAGGAAGCCAGAUGGGCAGAGAAGGCCAGAUAAGCAUCGAAAAGCUUGAUCAGUAUUACAGUCAGAUUGGAAAGUACUCCACAAUGUAUGGCUUUGUGUUGACAAGAAUAAACAAAAAGCAGGGUUCUCCAAUCCGGGCAGCAGCUAUGGGAUGGGAGGUGGUGGCCAAUGUUCUGUCCCAGCCUCCACUCUCUGGCAUCUCUGGGGAAGUGCUGCUGAGGUUCAUACAGUCCUUUGGCUUCACACUGCAGGAGACAUACAGGAAGCAGUUUGUCAAGUUGAUGGAAUUCAUUAUCAAAUGUUACAUGCCUAAAAUCAAGGAAGCUACUGAAGAAGGUGGCCAGAAUUGUGUUAUUUUGUUUGAAAAUUUCCUAGCAGAAUACAAACCUAACAAGGUCACGCAGAAUCCAAUGAUAAUGAAGUAUAUGUAAAUAUGUGUCAAUUUUAAAGUUGUUGACAAUUUCAAGUUUAACCAGACCUUUACAUCUUAAUUGUAAGUUAAUCUGAAAUUAUUCAUGAGUAAAGCAUUGUACUAUAAAUUUGUAGUAUUUUGUUCCAUAACAUGUAUAUUGAAGUACUAUAUUUAAAUAUUGAUGAAAAUAAAUCACAUAAUUUAGGUUUUCUUGAUUGAUUGGUCAAGGCUCCAGAUUUGACCUUGAGAAAUGAGAAGAGAACAGUUGGUAAAACUUUGAUAUGGAAAGUCACACUGGUGUGCACAUAGAUUUAGUAUAUGUAGUACUUAUCAGGGUUUACAAAUGUAUUGAGUGUAGUGCAGGUGUGGUGCAGAAGUGUUUCAGACUGCUCUUCUGUGUGUGUGUGUGUGUGUGUGUGUGAAGAGGUGGUGGUGGUGGCGGCGGUGCUAACUCAUGUUGCAGCAUGUGUUUCCCAGCUUUGAUCUGAGUAAUGGCACGGUGGAAGGUGAUGUUUCAGCGGGGAAGUGACACUCAAUCAACAGAGAACGGCGACGACAAUGGUGGAGAGCGUAUUGUUGAGCCGCCACGGUUGAUGGCUGGAGGACGUGAUGAGGAAGUGGGUGUCGAGCGACGCAGCAACAGCAUCGAGGCAUCGUGUGGUGGUUGUUUUGGUGAUGCAAGGUCGUCAUCCGAGAAUGGCAGCUCCUCGGUGGGCGAUGGCUUGCCACCACAUCGUAAUGACGUAACAGGGAUGGCGCUGAUAUAAAGAGGGACCCUUGGAUCCAAGUAGGAAUGAACGGCAAGCUUGUCACUUCAAACCUACUCGUUCAACCAACAGCCUGGGCGAGGUGUCAUGCACUGCCAAGCAGGUGACAGUCCCGGGCAAGGCGGCGGCGGCGGCGCUUGCAAGAAGCUUUGUGUGGAGAGACGGCACGUCACGGCACGGCAGGGAAGGUUUGGCGGUAGGAGGACGAUCUUGGUGCCUCCACUGUGACGCUGGGUUGGUAGUAACAUUAGUUACGUUAAGUCUCUGCCAAUCUCGUGUCACCACUUGGCAUGUGGUACUGCUGCCUACUACUCGGUACUAGGUGCUGCCAUUGUACGUUCUACAUGUGCUGCCAUUGAAGGGAAAACAAAACCAGUUUCCUGCGGUUCAUCUCCAUCCUGCUGCAGGAUACUCGACUCCGUGUUACAGCGAGUCGGCUCAUCAGUAUCCGGUUGGAAACGGUUUUUCUUAAGCACAGCAUGAUUCGCCUGUAAAAACACGGCUCCGGCGAAGCUUCAUCUGUUGACGAUCGGCAGCAAGAACUGUCUUCGCCGUGUCUACAGUGGACCAAUGGUGAUUUCCUGGUCAUUGAUUCGGUUUAUUCCUGUUCUCUGGGAUCUGAAGCACAGCACAGCAGGUUACUCCAAGGAACAAGAACUCUCACAACAACGAAACUCCGAUGGAGGGAGGAGAAACCUCUGCCUUGUGUUGCUAGUUUAUCCCUUUAUUUGUAAUAAAUUUCAAGACCUUUGUCAUUGUCUUUUGGGUAAUUCUGUAUAAGAAAUAAAUUAUAAGAUUUU